GAGUGAAAAGCAGUUGCCAGCAGUAGCAGCCAUCCUGUAGCCAGCACCAGGUUGUGGUUCAGGUCUCAGGGAGGGAACCGGGGAGCCUUCCUCUGCUUUGCAGCACUUGAGCAGCCAGGACAGCUCCCACAUUCUUCAGAACAGAAAACUCCUGAGGAACACUAUUCAGCGAGGUCCAGAGAUGGAAACCAGAAGGAAGCCCCAGCUCCUUGGGCUCCUGACACUUUUCAUUGUGUUCUCACAAACGCUAGCAUGGCCUCUUUUGGGAGCACCUACUGCUUGGAGGUUGGAUGACAGACUACCAUUUGAAGAAGCAAAUGAACCUGAUCAUAUUUCAUUAAAAGCAGACACUGACAUCCUGCAGAGUGCAUUAGCUGAAAAUGAUACACCCUAUUAUGAUGUAUCCAGGAAUGCCAGACAUGCAGAUGGAGUUUUCACCAGUGACUUUAGUAGACUCUUGGGUCAACUUUCUGCCAAAAAAUAUCUUGAGUCCCUCAUUGGAAAACGAGUUAGCAUCUCAGAAGACCAGGGACCAAUCAAACGCCACUCGGAUGCUGUCUUCACUGACAACUACACCCGCCUUCGAAAACAAAUGGCUGUAAAGAAAUACCUGAAUUCCAUUCUGAAUGGGAAGAGGAGCAGUGAGGGAGCAUCUCCUGGCGUGCCUGAAGAGUUAGAAAAAUAAUGAGAAAGCUCAUUGGAGCAAAGCUGCUGACAACUUCCAGUGAAUUCAUGAAAGAAAACAAUAGAAGUAAUUUAUUUUGAGUUCUACAUAAGUAAUUCAAGAAAACAACUUCAAUAUCAAAACCAAAUAAAAUAUAUUGUGUUGUGAAUGUUGUGAUUUAAUUUAUUCUAAUGUAAUAACCGUGAUGUUUACAUUGUAAAUACUGUUUGAGAGUUCUAAGAUUUGUCUUUAACUCAUGAGAAUCCUGUAAUUUCAUAUGCUAUGUAUCCCUUCUAACACAGUAUAUGUAAUGAUAAGUAAAUACUAUGUUAAUUAAAAUUACAUGAAGCUUUUUGGAAGGGUAGUAAUAGAGCACAAUUGUGUUUAUUUAUAGAGCAUACUUAACUAUUCAGAAGAGUGCAGCAGAACAUUAGUGUGUCUGAAUUUAAAUGUUAAGCAGAUGGAAUGCUGUAUUUAAUAGAUCUCAAAAUGUCUAAAAGAAUGUGAAUGACAAUGAUAUUAAGACAUCUUCAGAAAGAUUUUCAGAAAAUGUUACGUAUUUCCAUAUAUUUUAGGCAACCUUAAUUUUGAAUGAAAUUUAUAAUUUCUCAAAUUUGGAUCCCUAAUUGCCAAAAGUUUUCCUUUGCUCUAGAGAUACAGUGAACAUGAAUGGCCUCUUUUUCUGACAUUGGACCUUUUCUUUAUGCUUGUGUUAAGUAUGUGUAAAAUGUAAAAUGAAUGGAACAUUUGUUUUUCAGUAAUAAAUACUUUUCCCAUCAUCAC